CCCUCCGGGGCGCGGAGCGGGAUGAACUCGGGCGCCGGCGGUAGCGGCUGCAGCGGCGGCGGCGGUGACAGGGACGGCACUGGGGCCGCGGAGCGGUCCCGAAGGGGCAGUCCCGGAGAGGAUGGCUUCGCCCCAUCGGCGCUGGGGACCCGAGAGCAUUGGGAUGCUGUCUAUGAGAGAGAGCUGCAAACUUUUCAAGAAUAUGGAGAUACAGGAGAAAUCUGGUUUGGAGAAGAGAGUAUGAAUCGGCUAAUAAGGUGGAUGCAAAAACGCAAGAUUCCAUUGGAUGCUUCAGUGCUUGAUAUUGGAACUGGAAAUGGUGUUUUCUUGGUUGAACUUGUUGGUACUUUUAGUAUUCAUGUAUUAAAGCCAAAUUUUGAAAUGAAAUUUUAAAAAAAUCUUGGAAAUGAGGAUACUAACCGUGUUAAUCUAAAGUAGAAGAGCAAAAAAAAAAAAAAGUAGUAGAGCAAUUGUACCACUUACUUUCAGAAGUCACGUAGUCUAAAAGGGAGGCUGCAUGGAUUGUGAGAAAGCAUUAAAUGAGAAGCCAGGGGAUCUGAGUCCUAGUCUUGGCCCUUUGGGCCACUUAAUUCCUCUGGGGGUAGUGUAGGUUCUUUCCUAAAGCCUUCGACAAGAUGAUCUUAAUUGGUUUCUUUAGCUCAGAACUCUGGAAAUGUGUGUGUAUGAAAGAAAGAUGACCUUUUUACACUUCUGGUAGGACAUGAAUACCUUACCUUAGGUGAGCGUAUGAUUUGAAGAGAGUAUUUUGUCUGUGGAACUGAGUUUUGGCACAGGUUCUACUGACUACACCAUCACUGUUGUGUACCUGUUGUGUGCUCAUUGCUGUGGCAUGUACGUACUAUGGAGAAGAUUAAACACUUAGGCUUCCUUGUGGAA